AUGGAGUAUCAACCGCCCAUGUACCAGCCGCCCGCGCAGGAGUCAUUGAUGCCUACCACCGAAGGCACGCACCCUGAGACACCCAAAUUCCACUCUGCAUCACUCUCCGAAUCGGCUGCACCUCUCGACAUGUCGAAGCUGCCAUCGCCAGACCGAGUCAAGUUUACUUCUCCAACCCCGCAGACGACCGCUUCCAUGACGCCUCCGCCAUCAUCUCAGUUGCCAGGCACCCGUACCAUCAUGCGCACUCCCACUCCUCCAACGCCUCAGCUGACUUCCCCACCGCCGACGAGCAAGCUGCCCAGCCAGCCUCCAGCCUUGUUGGAGUCUGCUGCUGCUCUCUACUCGCCAGAACAGGUCAACAACGCAUCCGCAGAGGAGCUGCGAUCCAUGAUCAACAGCCUCUCGAAUGCAUUUCGCGAUAUGCGACUCUCAGCAGCACACUACAAGCUGCAGUACAACAUGGCUGUCAUGGAGAGUCAAGAAGCUGCCAGUCGUAUGGCUGUAGAGCUAGCCAUGGCCCAUCGCGAGAUUGAUGUCCUCCAGCAAGCUGAAGCGAAGCGCCGCGAAGUACUGGCUACCCCUGAGCAAACCUACCAGGAGUCCGCCAAUGCAGCCAACGCUAUUCUCAUGUCUGAGAUGAAUCGCCAGACCCAGAUGCUACAAAGUGAGAAUGAGGCGCUGCGCGACUCGCUCGAACAGCAAAAGCGCCUGACCGAGCAUCGAGAGGGCGAGCUGGCAAGUCUGCUGGAAGAGAACGAUAGGCUGAAGACCAGGAUCCGAAUGAAUCGCGAUCACAUUGCACCCCUUUUGGAACAGAUUGAACAAGGCUCGCCCCGAUCUGUUUAUGGAACGCCACAACAGCCGACUCCAAGAAGUCGUGUUUCACGUGUACCACCUCAUCUCCAGCAUCAGGAUAGCAGAGGACAAAACAACUUCGAGGCUCUCCUCCUGGCCGACAAGAUGCUGAGCCAAGAGACUGCAACUGCGCCAGCCACACCCACCACAUCUCGUGCUCCAAGGGCGAGAUUCGGCCAUCACCGAGGUGCACAGUCCAUGUCGUCGUUGCCGCAAACUCCAAACCGGCGUGUUGCUCAGCCUCGGGCUGAGGUGCCGCGUACUCCUCCUGUCCAUGUGCCAAACAAUGUGCCCCAGUCGGCGCCUCCAGCGCACUAUCAACAUAAGCCUGUGAAUAAUCGACGUCAAAGCAGCAACUCUACGAUUACGGCCUCCAGUAUCGAUGAAGAGGAAGCCUUCACUGACCGCGAAGAAGAUGAAGUACCGGAGUCACAGGCAAGCCAGGUAGCCACAAGUCUGCUGAGACAGCCCCCAUCGGCCAAGGGACAAAUGGCUGCACCCUCCCUAUCAGCCACAAACUUGGUGCAAUCCAAGAUCUUUGGCCAAGUGAAAAAGGGCCAUGGACUCUCAAGACCAGGUGAUGCAGAGAAGCGAAGACAUCCGUCUGAGCAAUACACGAGUCCGCAGAAGAGAGGACGCACGGAUCAUGGUGUAGGUCUUGGUAUUGGUGGUCUGUUGCGCGAGUAG